AUGAGCAUGGCCCGUAAUGAAUCGUGCCCUUUAUGGGCUUACUGUGCCUUUGGGCCCGCCGUCGAUCGAUGUGCUCGCCAUUUCGAUUUCGCCCUCUCGUUCGAAGACGCCGUUCUUUCCGCCAUCCCCUCCUCUGUUUUGGACGCCUUGGCCAUUUCGACACUAUUCUCGACAUCGUCCGCGCCGCGUCAAGUGUCAGGAAGUAUCUUGCGAGCGGUAAAGUUGUUCCCUAUCGUCGCUUUGCUGGGCUGCACCGUCGCUCUGACCGCCCUUUGGGCCUUAGGCAGCGGUACCGACCAGAACAAGUGGCUUUCCCUGGCCGACAGCCUCAUGACCAUCCUCGACUUCUUCGCUCUUGCCGCCCCGUCCCUCUUGGAACACGGCAAAUCGGCCGCGACUUCUUUUGUCUUGGGCCUCUAA